CCGAAGUAGCCGCAGCUGAGAGGGGAGCGUCAUGGCGGUGUAGAGCGGAUUACUCUCAAUGUUUACAUUCCGUUUAGCGGCUCUUUUCUGAUUUCACUCCGAUUUUACCACAACAGCGCGCGUCUUCUGCGGCUACCGCGUGAAGCAGAGCGUUUUCUCGACACACAGACCGACUGAUCCAGAUCCAGAUCCAGAUCCAGAGCCAGAAGCAGGUCGGUCGGUGUGUUUGCCGUCUGUGGGACUGUGAUCCUCUCUGCCCGCCGUCCCGGGGUCAUGGUUGAAGAGGGGCAGCAGAGUUUGGAGGCUCAUGGGAGCCCCGUACAGGAGGACGAGCAGGUCCCGUUCCCGCUGCUGCACGGCGAGUGUGUGGAACAUGUCGGGAGAGCAGAAGAGUCUGUCAUUGCCUUAACCAGCUACCGCCUUCACAUCAAACUGCAAGACAACAUCAUCAAUGUUCCUCUGCAGCUGAUUGAAAGUGUGGAGUGUCGGGAUCUGACGCAGCUGCAUCUCACCUGUAAAGACUGUAAACUCAUCAGGUGUAACUUCCUGUCGGCGGAGCAGUGUCAGGAUUGGCUGAGGAGGAUCAGCGCAGUCGUUCGGCCGCCGGCGCGGUUGGAGGAACUCUUCGCCUUCGCCUUCCUCUCGUGUAGCGCGAGCGUGACCGCAGAAGACAGAGAGGUGCAUGAUGGGAUCUGCCGUGCAGGAGGACACCAGCAGAGGUUCAAGCGAGAGCUGGAGAGGAUGGGCUUCGAAAGCCACAGUGCCUGGAGAAUCUCCAACAUCAACAGCAACUACAGGCUUUGUGCCAGUUACCCAGAGCAAAUAAUCGUGCCUGCUGCGGUCACCGACCAGGAGCUGGAGAACGUGGCGGCGUUCAGAUCGUGGAAGAGGAUCCCGGCCGUCGUUUACAGACACCGGGGUUCGGGCGCUGUGAUUGGUCGAUGCGGUCAGCCGGAGGUCAGCUGGUGGGGUUGGCGUAAUGCUGACGAUGAGCAUUUGGUACAAGCCAUCGCUAAAGCCUGCGUCACGGAUCGCGGCGCGAGCACAGCGCAGACUAACGGCUCCUGCGUUCACAAUCACGUCAACGAUGCGCUCACCGACUCCGUUCCUCACAUGACCAAUGGGAACGUAGAGGCGGAGCCGAGUGCCACGCCCCCUCAGAAGCUGUUAAUAAUGGACGCGCGCUCGUACGCGGCCGCGGUAGCCAAUCGGGCCAAAGGAGGCGGCUGUGAGUGUCCAGAGUAUUACCCCAACUGUGAGGUGAUGUUCAUGGGAAUGGCCAACAUUCAUUCCAUCCGGAAGAGUUUCCAGUGUCUGCGGAGUCUCUGCGCUCAAGUCCCUGAUCCGGUCAACUGGCUGUCUGCGCUGGAGGGCACUAAAUGGCUGCAGCAUCUGUCUCUGCUGCUGAAGGCGUCUCUGCUGGUGGUGAACGCGGUGGAUCGGGAUCGCAGGCCUGUGCUGGUGCACUGCUCCGACGGCUGGGAUCGCACACCGCAGAUAGUGGCUCUGUCUAAACUGCUGCUGGAUCCCUUCUACAGGACCAUCCAGGGUUUUCAGGUGCUGGUGGAGACGGAUUGGUUGGAUUACGGUCAUAAGUUUGGCGACCGCUGCGGUCACGGCGAAAACGCGGAUGAUCUGAACGAACGCUGUCCCGUGUUCCUGCAGUGGCUGGACUGUGUUCAUCAGCUCCAGAGACAGUUCCCAUGCUCCUUUGAGUUCAACGAGGCCUUUCUGGUGAAGUUAGUGCAGCACACAUACUCGUGUCUGUUCGGGACGUUCCUGUGUAACAGCGUGAAGGAGCGCGAGGAGCAGCGCGUUCAGGAGAAAACGUGCUCCGUUUGGUCUCUGCUGCGGCCUGCCAACACUUCCUUCCACAACAUCCUUUACUCACCACGCUCCGAGACGGUUUUGCACCCGGUGUGUCACGUGAGGAAUCUGAUGCUGUGGAGUGCCGUCUACCUGCCUAACUCCGCCCCCUCCACGCCUUCUGAUGAGUCAUGUGUGCCACACUCCGCCCCCUUAGCCUCACCUGAGGACACACCUGUGAGCAGGUUACCAAAGACUCGGUCGUACGACGACCUGCCCACUUCCUGUGAGGGUUUGACCCCAAACCGGCGCAGCAGCGACCCAAACCUGACUGAGAAGUGGCAGGACCGCCUGCUCGCCCUGGAAAUCAGCGUGUCAAAAGAAGCCGACGGAAACGACACGCAGACGACAGAACGCGACGGUCUGGAUCAGAGACUCAGAGGCUUAAACACAAACAAUUCUGAUCAUUCAGAAAACGAGGCGGAGCUUUCCGUGACUGACAGCCAAAUGCAAAACAUCUCACAGGAAGAAAACAUGAAGCUGGAUCUUCUAAACAACACACCUGCCUUCGAUAUCCAAGAGGAAUUAGCUCAGAAUGCGAGUAACAGUGAGGACCAAACGUCGCCUGAGAAGCUUGAAGAAAAACCUGCAUCCCAGCAUCCUUUGUCCACUAAUGAAAACAGUGAAUUAUCACCAGACAGACUGCGUUUAGAUAAUGACGCCCCUUGUAACAUCACCCACGAUUCUUCAGAAUCCAGCAGCCAAUCUUCUAUGGAAAGUUCAUCCAGUCCAAACCACACAGCUCAGACUCUUAACGGCGUUUGCUCACCUUCCCAGCAUCCCGUUUGUCCCCUUCCUCCAGCGUCGGUCAAUCAGGACGGAGGCUGCCAGACGUCCGCAGCGGGAGACGCCUCUCCGACGUCACCCCACAAGCAUUCGUUAGGUGUUUCCGAGCGCUUGGCGGCGUUAGGGCACCUGGAUAAGGACGGCUUGAGUCUGCACAGCGAUGCCGUACAGGUGCGUCUGCGGCAGAUGGAGGCGGGGCAUCAGCUGCAGGUGGAGACGCUGAAGAAACAGGUGCAGGAGCUCUGGUGCCGUCUGCACGUCAACGGGAAGCUGACGUCUCUGUCAGACGGGGAGAAUAACGUGGAUUCGGGCUGUUUGCAGCGCUGCGGGAACACUGAUCUCCUGUCCGAGUCCAGCUGGGAACAGAUCGAACAGCAGGAAGCAGAGUGGUUCUCGGAUCACCCGGCGUCCCGCUGCUAUGGGUGCGAGAGGACGUUCUGGCUGGCGGCGAGGAAACAUCACUGCAGCGGCAGAGAGCCGGUUGAGGAGGCCUGGAAUUGUGGGAAUGUUUUCUGCGCCAGCUGCUGCGACCAGAAGGUGGCGGUACCGAGUCAGCAGAGUCUGCGUGAGCCGAAGCACACGUGUCAGGCGUGUUACGGUCACCUGCGGCCCUCCGCCGUCCCUCCGGCACUUCCUCCCGCAGACCUGGAGCUGGAGAAACCCAUCGCCGCCAGCUCCAACUGAGACACGCGUCCGCCCGAAUAAACGCCGUGCGAUGAAAACGAGCGUUCGGUCAUCGAUUACUCACUCACGAUGACUUACUGAGUUACUUUCCUUUGUGCAACGCACAAUGAAACAUUUAGUAUGUGGAGUUUGAUUCACGGAAGUCUUAUUAUUAUACAUUCUACGAAGUUCAAAAGAAUGUUCAAAAGCGCAGUUCCUGAAAAAUUCUUAAACAUUGUUUAAAGAACAUCUUAACUUUUCUUAAGAAGAAAAAAAAAUUCAGCAGCUGGAUUUACAAAAGUAUUCUUAGGAAAGAAGUUCAAAUGUGGAAACCCUAACAAGUGUGUAAGACUCACAAAAAUCUUCUUACAUUUCAAAUUACGUUUGUUUGUGAAGGGAAUUCACCUCCCGAUCUACAUAAAUGCGUCUUUGUUCACACAAAUCAUUCGUGAUCCAGCUUCACUUACAGCAGAAGUGACUAUAAGGGUUUUUUAUGAAUCUCUGCAAUCGCCUUUCCUAAUAAUGUGCUAGUUAGCAAGUUUAAUGGGUUAACACGGCUAAAGUAAACAGGCUCGUCACUCCACAGAGAGAAGAGAGGGGCGGGGCGAGCAGAGCUCAUUAACAUUUAAAGCAACCUCGACCAGAAUAGGAUGAUUUUUGUAGAGCUGAUUUUGACAAGGUAAAAAGGGUGUUGUUUUACACAACCAUUGAGAAUUUUUAACCAAAGUAUAUUAGAGACUUUUCAUUAAGACCCUAAAGAAUCAUAUCAACUUGUGAAAAAUGGGCAUCCGUUUAUAAAAUGUACUUAAAUGUCCUAAUUGAACUCUGGUCUAAUCCUGUCUGUGAAACCAGACCCAAUUAAGACAAAUUCCAAGACGUUUAUACAAAUCACAAAAAUCUUUUGUGAUUUUAAGACAUUUCAAAAGAUAAAUUACAAGUUUGUUUGAUUCAUGGAAAUAUACUUAAGACAUUUCUAGAGAUGAAUUCCAAAAAUGUAUGUUUCACAAAAAAAUAUGAAUGUAGUUAAGACAUUAUUUAGGAUAAAUUCCAAAAUGUUCAUAAGAUUCAUGAACAUUUUAUGAAAUUAACACAUUUCUUAAGAUAAAUCUCGAUUCAUAAACAUUCUUAAGAAAAAUUCCAAAUUUGUGUGACUGACAAAAAUAUUUAAAAAUUUAAGAUAAAUUUUAAGUCUGUGCAAUUCACAAAAAUCUUAAGACAUUUCUUAAAAUAAAUUACAAGGUAAUGUUCUUAGAAAAGUAAACAUUUCUUAGGAUUUUUGUGAAUCAUACAAAUUUAUCAUCUCUUUUCCUAAGAUGUUCGUAUUCACAAAUAAGACAUAAUAUUC